CCAAAAACUGUUCUUUUUGGAGUAUAUACCUAAAUCAAUCAACCGGCGACAACGAAACCCUCUGGCCUCUUCUCUUCAUCAGUCCCAUAAUACCUGCUCCGUAUACGGGUGAAUCCGUCCGCAAUCCGCAAAUCUUCUCUUCAUUCCCCUCUCUCCGUAUUGCGGUUCCUCCUCAGGUGUUACUUUCUUCUGCGACUCUCCGUUGGAGGUCCGCGGCGGAUCAGAGUUUUGAAGCAGGAUAGCAGCUUUCUCAAUGUUACAGCGAUGCAGCAGAGCGGUUUCUCGACUCUCGAAGCUUGGGUCGACUUCUCCUAUGGAGGCGCUGCGGAAAGAUGUAAUCUUUACGCCACGGCAUUGGUAUUCAACGGCUGCUGCAACUUUGGCGCCUGCUAUGAGCUCUCCCAAUGGAAGUACAAAUUGUUAUAAACAGGUAAAUUUGGAUAAAAUGUUCUUGUCAAAGCCCUGUUCAUUGGCUCUGGCUCCAGAUUCCCGGCUCAGAAUUGAAGAGCCAAAAUACGAGGGACUCCGCCAUGUUAUCUAUAAGAUGCUAUUGUUUUAUAGCAAGCAAAGCACAUCUAUUCGGGGAGCAAAUGUGGUGUACCGAAGGAUCCUUCAUCAAGUAGAUAAACCUGCUAUUUAUGAAGUUUUCAAUAUGGAGAAGACCUUUAAGAUGACCUUUUCACUACUUGUACUUCACAUGUGGCUUUGCUUACGCCGUCUAAAACAAGAAGGAAAAGAAGGUGCUGAAUUUGGGCAAUACCUUUAUGAGAGAUACAAUCACGAUGUGGAGCUUAGAGUAUCCAAAGAAGGGGUUAACUUGUUACUGACAAAAUGGAUGAAAGAGUUGGAGAAAAUAUUUUAUGGAAAUAUUGUUGCUUAUGAUGCUGCCUUACUGCCGGAGGCUAAACCAGAUGAGCUGCCGAAAGUCAUAUGGAGGAAUGUGUUUGCAGAAGAUGGUGAACCACAGCCAGAUGAUGCUGCAUCACGCACCGUCCAGGCAUGAUAUCCUGGCCUGACCUGCUAUUCCUGAUGAUGCAAUGACAAGGUAUGUUCGUCGAGAAGUCAGUUGUUUUACAUUAACAGACAAAGAAGCCAUGUAUUCAGGGAACUUCAUGUUCACGUCCUUGGACAACAUUCCAUCGGUUUCUGCCAAGAGAUAGAAUAAAGUAGAUGGUGUGAAGAUCUUUGAACUCCAUAGCAGGCCGCUCUUGUACUCAAGCAGCUUUCAUUGCUCGAAACAGUCCUCUUCUUGCUACAUGGAUUUUAUACCUACAAUAGAAUGUUACAUUACUUGCAUACUAUUCAUCAGCCAAAGAUGACUGGAAAGAGGCCAAGAAGGAAGCUCAAAACUUGAGGAACCCGAGAACAAUAAUCAGAUCUCAUGAUACACUGUUUGUAGUGCUAUAGUUUUAGUCGUCUCAUGAGAAGUUUGUUGUUACACAAAAGCAUCAAUUGCCUAUUUUUUUCUCGACAUAUUCUUGGACGGCCACCUGCCCCUGCCGGGUCCAACCGCU